AUGUCUCAACGAGCUAACGUAUCCUGGUCGGUAAUGAUAGCUGGUAUGCACAAAAUGGUUUGGGAUGAUGAGGUCCUGCAGACUUUUCAAGAAAUGCGAGAGGCAGUUUUAGAAGCAAGCUCACGGACCUUCGCCAUCGUUCUCUCCGGUUGUGCCAAGCUGGCAGCUCUUGAAGAGAGUAUACAGAAUCAUGGAGAAAUGAUUAGGAGCAGAAUUCAGUAUGAGAUCCCUGUGUUAAAUUCUCUGAUAGAUAUGUGUGCUAAAUGUAGGAGUUUUGACAAUGCACGCCAAGUAUUAGACAAGAUGGAUCAUCCAGACGUUUCGUCUUGGACAUCAAUAUUGAGCUAG